CAGGUAGUCGAGGUAUGCAUGUCGUCAAGCCCGCACAUGUACGCCCCUGCAAUCGAUAAGCUAGCGCGCGUGGCGGGGGUGGGGCUUAUGACGCCGCCGCGACGCAAAUUCUGGCGUCAAUGUCCUUCCCCUCCGAUUCGACGCGCGCGCCUCACAGCAUCGACGCCGCUGCGCGCGACCCGAGGGACCGUGGACCACGUGCUGAAGCGGGAAACAUUAUAGAAUCGUCGGUUCAAGGCUCGGCAGAGUACAUGCUACGCGCACAGAAGAGCGCGGUAUCGCAAGAGUCGCUGCCGGAGCACGAUUUGUCACUGCAAGAAUCGUUGCCGGAGCACGUUUCCUCACCACAAGAGUCCAGUGUGGAGCCCACGCACCCCGACGACGUUGACGACCCUGACAACAUUGACCACCCUGACGCCUACGACGCGGACGACCUCGACGACCUCGACGCCUACGACCCCCACGCAGACGACCCGGCCUUCGCACUCACCCGCGACCCCCUCGCCUUUGCGUCCGUGGCCGUAGCCCAGUUCCACCUCGUCGGACAGCGACUGGUCGAGAACAAAGUCUUCCGCCUGCUGAAGAGCCCCGCGCCGCUCCGCGUCUGGGCAUACUGCAGUCUAUUUGCCGAGACGAGGCAGUGGGAGCGCUGGGACCGCAGUGAGCGAGUGCCUGCGCGGGAGCGAAGGAGGAUGGCUGCUGCACAGACUGAUGGCGCGCAGCCGGCUCGUGGCGACGGCGACAGCGACGCCUACAACGACGUCUACGAGGACAGCGUCGCCGACUCCGACUACGACCCGCCCCAGGCCCGCCCCUACCUCACGCGGCUGCGCCUCGCCCUCGCCCCCUACACCGUUCACUUCCGCAAUCCGGGCUAUAUCCGCGACGAGACCCUGCGCAUGCUGGAGCGCGAUGUCGUCAAGAAGACGCUCGAGGAGUCGCGCAAGCGCCUGGAGCUGCGCGAGGAGCUCGGCCUGGCCUGGGAGUUCUGGGACGACCUGGCUGCCGUGCUCAAAGCCGCGAUACCAUCCCUUGAGAAGCGGUGUUUCGCGCAGCCGGACCCUGCUGCGCCUGAAUACGAGGGCCUGAGCGGCCCGCUGAUUGCGAGUCACUCGCCGUCGCUGCUGCGCGAUCUGGAGAGGCUCAACCAGCUCGUGUGCAUAUCGCGCAACGUGCUGGUGCAUGGCGAGCGCGUGCAGAACCUCAGCGCCGAGCGCCUGUUCGACAAGGACAUUUUCAACCUGGUGAACGUGUGUGUUAGGGUCACUGCGCGAGGGUAUGAUGGCGAGGCAGGGACACAAGACGAGGACAAGUGGCAGGGCGUGAUUAACGCCUACAAGAAACUGCUCAUCACGUGCCUCCAGUUCCUCAACAACCUGAUCGCGCGCAACGAGCAGCGGAAGCUGAUGCUGUGGAUCGAGCUGUUCGACAGCCACCUCGACAACGAGCUGCCCAACUUCGCCGACAUGAAGUACAAGAUGGACGAGUUCCCGCCGCAGGAUCAGGGCGCGGAGGAGGAGGCCCCGCCCGACCUCCAGCCGGCGAGGAGCCUGGACACCUUCAAGAUCCCGCAGCAGCCUGCGUCGUCGCCGUUCCUGCUGUACAUCGGGGAGACCGGGAAUGAGGUCAAGAAGGCUUUGAUGCAGCACGGCGACAAGGCUGGCGCGAAUGAGAUCGCGGCCGAGUGCAGACGCCGGUGGCAGACCAUGGGCGAAGAGGAGAAGAAUAAAUGGAACAUGCUCUACGCCGACGUCGUCGCAAAGUACCGCGACCAGAUCGCCCAGUCCAGCACCUACAAAAAGGUCGUCGACCAGCACGCCAAGAACGAGGAGAGCGUGCAGGCCCUCGCCAAAAGCAUCAACCUGCUCCAGGUCGAAGUGGACCGGAUGCGCAACUCCAUCGCCAUGAACCCCGACGGAUCCGCCCUCGACGACGCGCCCCGACCAGUAUAUGAAAUGGAGCUAGACCCCACCAUCAAGCGGUCGCCCCCGGCAGGUGAGAUCGAUUUCCGCGUUACCUACCCACCGUCUUUCGGCGCCGAGAUCCUGCAGAACGGCAAGGACGAUCUCCUCAAGCGUCUGGAGCCUGACCCCGACCGUCCUGGGCUAAUCAGCGAUGUAGCCUCUCCCACCUCGCCGCCGCCGGAAGACGACGAUGAUGCCGACGACGACUACGACGACAUCCCGGGAGACGAGGGGCGGGGCCUGCUGACUGACGUGCCGCUGAUCCUGGGGCCGACGGAGAUCGAGGUCCUGCCGAUGAUCAUCAUGGGCGGCAUUGUUGAGCCGGCCGAGGGGCAGCCAGGGCAUCACUCUGAUCCCACCGUCUUCAGCAGCGUGCGGAGCAUGCACGGCGUGAGGUGCCAUCUGCUGCUCGCGCAGGACAACGGGAGGAAUCUGCUCAGAGAGCUGUUGAUCUUUGUGGCGGCCUGGGACUUGCGGGAGGAGGAGCUCUACUUCAAGUUCAUGGUCAAGAUUAUGGAGGCGAUUCUCGCGAACCAGCUGCUGCCGUUCGCGUACCACGCUUUUAGGGAGUCAGAAUCCAAGGAUAUCAUAUCCCCAGCGCAGGCGGUUAUCAUGAAGCUGCUCACGAACAUCUUCCGAGCAAGACAGGCGCGGUCACAGCCGGCCAAGGGCAUGACCAAGACGGCGCCACCGCAGGUCGCCCAGGGCGAUGUGCACAUGGUCAACUUCCUGCUCACCGAGUUCCGCCGACACAUCAUCCCGCAGACGUGCGCGCUGAUCUUCCUGCAAGGCCAGAUCCGCGCCGGCCACGCGCAGCCGGAAGACUUCCCGCUCAACCUCUGGGACAUGGAGCGCAUGUACGAGGGCGUGUACCAGUACCUGGAGUUCUUCGCGAUCCUGACCGAGCACGAGACGUGGAAGCGGAUGCUGUCGAACUGGGAGAUCGCCAACGAGCUCGUCACGCUGCUGAAAGAGCUCGACGCCGCCAUCCCCAAAGGCGUACUCAGCGUGCCCCCGCUGCGACACUCCGCCGCACCGCCCCCCGCCCCCGUCGACGUCGACAUCCCCGCGCCCCACCCGCAAACCCCGCCCCCCGUCGCCGUCGAGCGCCCCUACGACCCCGUCCCCGCCCACCCCGAAUCCUACAUCCCGCCGCCCUCCUCGCCCUCGCCGCGCCCUUACAUGGACGAAGCGGCCGACGAGCCGUCGGACUUCGAGUGGCGCAACCUGAAAAAGCUGGCCGUCCUCGUGCUCUCCUCACUAGUGUGGAAAAACACACUCGUGCAGAACCAGAUCCGGCCGCUCGGCGGCAUCGAAGCCGUCCUCAACUGCUGCUCCUACGACGAGCACAACCCGUACAUCCGCGAGCACGCCAUCAUGUGCUUACGGUUCUUGAUGGAGGGGAACCGCGAGAACCAGGAGCGGAUUCGCGCGCUCGAGCAGUAUAGUCAGGCGCGCGAUGGGCCGCGGGGCGCGACGCCCGUCGAGGUGAGUUUGAGGCGUAAGAUGGAAGAGGGUGCUGCAGCGGUUAAUGUUAGGGUUCCGGAUGAGGUGCUCGAUCAGCAGGGGUAUGAAACGUAUAUGGAUGGUAAGGGGCAGGUUAUGCUCAGGAAGAGGCAGGGGGGGGCGCAGGGCGCGGGGCUGGGGCUGCAGCAGCCGCUGCCGGCGUUUUCGGCGGGCGGGGCGGGCGGUGCGAGUGCAGCGAGCGGAGCAACCACAGCGAGCACAGCUAUCCCGGCCAUCCCAACCGCACCCGUCACCCCAGACCAACCGACCCCAGGCCAACCGGCCGCGAGCCUCCCAACCGCAGCCCCGCACACCCCCAAAGCGCUCGACCAGCUCGUCCAGCAGGUCAUGCGCGAGCUGCCCUCGUCGGCGGCGGGACGCGCGGGCGAGGGGCGCGCGAGCGAGGAGCGGGCGGAUGGGGAGGCGCUUAUGAAGCUUGAUCGGGGGUUUGACGGGGGUGGGGGCGGGGGAGAGAAGAGAUAAGAGAUGCUUGCGCUGCAGUACCGCGCGGGAAGGCUUUAAGGCGCCAAAGGGGC